AUCUGUGUGAAAAUUAAUAAAAUAAAAAAAACUUGGAGACCUGUUAUGGGAGAGGCAAAAGUCCAGUUAAAUAGGUAUUAACUCUUCAUGUUACGUUAUGCUUAUAAUACGUCUGUAUGAUGACAAAUUUUCUUUCGUUCUUUCUAAUCUAAUGUAGUUCGUUGUUUUCAGAUUUAUUGAACGAAUCCAUUACUUUGGCGGUAAAUGUUAUGUCAAAUCAUCAAUCAAAUGUCACAACAAAACUAAAAUAAAAUUAGGUACCUACUUAAAUCGAGGUGCAGGUUUACUUAGUAAUUUUCUAGUUUUAUUAUUUUAAAAUGCCUGAAAUAAUGAUAUCUGGUAUACCAGUAACAUUCCCCUUUGAACCAUAUGAAGUGCAAAAAGCAUACAUGGGAAAGGUUAUAGAUAGUCUCCAGAACAACACAAAUGCUUUAUUGGAAUCUCCUACAGGGACAGGAAAGACUCUGAGCUUGCUUUGCUCAUCACUAGCUUGGUUGUUAGUCAAGAAAGCACAAUUACAAAUGAAUGCACAGGUCGGAAACUUUUCAGAUCAUAGCAACUCGAUGUUGCAUGAGAAUUUGAAGUCGGGCGCUGGUAAAGCAAAAGAUAAUGCUUCAUGGGGGAUGCCGAAAAUUAUAUAUUCAUCAAGAACCCACUCCCAGUUAACACAAGCCAUGCAAGAGUUAAAGAGAUCAAGUUACAGACAUGUCAAAGCUGCUGUGUUAGGAUCAAGAGACCAAAUGUGCAUUCAUCCAGAGGUAUCAAAAGAAACUAACAACACAAACAAAGUUCAUAUGUGUCAACUUAGAGUAAAAUCACGGACAUGUCAUUUUUAUAAUAAUGUUGAGUCAAAGAAAGAAGAUAGAUCAGUCAAAGGGGAUGAAAUAUUGGAUAUUGAAGAUUUAGUUACUGUAGGUAAGAAAUUAAAAUGUUGUCCGUAUUAUUUAUCAAAGGAACUGAAGCAGGAAGCAGAUAUAAUUUUUAUGCCAUACAACUACAUAUUGGAUCCAAAAUCUAGGAAAGCUAAUGGAGUGGAGUUGAUGAAUAAUAUCAUUAUUUUAGAUGAAGCUCAUAAUGUAGAAAAAAUGUGUGAAGAGGCUGCAUCAUUGCAGAUAAGGACCACUGAUGUUGCAUUGUGUAUUGAUGAGAUCACUCAUGUUAUGAGGUCUUUUAGUGAAAAUUCAGAAGAACAGAUGGAUAUGUCACUUGAUAAUAAUCAACCGAAAGAUUUCACAUGUGAUGACUUGUGUGUCUUGAAAGAAAUUAUGUUGGCAUUUGAAAAAGCAAUAGAUGAAAUUAAUGUUGGACCAGAAGGCAGCACAUUCACAGGAGGCUACAUAUUUGAUCUUUUAGCUAAAGCUGAAAUCAAGGAUCAUAAUCAAAUGGCAGUUAUUACUUUAAUUGGCAACCUGAUUCAGUUCUUAUCCACAGCUAGUGCAUCACCUUUCCAACGUAAAGGAGUUGGAUUACAAAAAAUGGCUGACUUACUGACUGUGGUGUAUAGUGGUACUACUCACUCUUAUAAAGAGCGGGUUAAAAUGUGUUACAAAGUACAUGUUGCUGUUGAUGACAAGAAAAACAAGAAAAGUGAAGGAUGGGGAGCUUUGAAAGUUAGUAAUGCCAAAACAGUUGAGCGGGUUCUCAGCUACUGGUGUUUCAGUCCUGGGUUUGGCAUGAAGCAGCUGAUGGAACAAAAUGUCAGAAGUAUAAUACUGACCAGUGGAACAUUAGCUCCUCUGAAGCCAUUGAUUUCUGAGCUGGGUAUUCCAAUUGGGGUCCAACUAGAAAAUCCCCAUAUAGUAAAAGCAAAUCAGAUUUGUGUAAAAAUUAUAGGCCAGGGGCCAGAUUCUACACAGCUCAAUUCAAAUUUUCAGAAUAGAAAUAAUCCAAAGUAUAUUUCUUCUUUAGGCAGGACUAUAUUAAGUUUUUGCAGGGUGGUGCCAGACGGAUUACUAAUUUUCUUUCCCUCAUAUCCUAUUAUGACAAAAUGCCAAGAAAAUUGGCAAGCAGAAGGCAUUUGGUCCAGUAUAAAUAAUAUAAAGCCUAUUUUUGUUGAGCCUCAGAGAAAAGAUACUUUCAAUACAAUCAUGCAUGAUUAUUAUUCUAAAAUUAGUGACCCCAGUACAAAAGGAGCCUGUUUCAUGGCUGUAUGUAGAGGCAAAGUUUCAGAAGGUUUAGACUUUGCUGAUAUGAAUGGCAGGGCUGUUAUAAUAACAGGAUUACCAUUUCCACCGUUUAAAGACCCAAGAAUUGUUCUCAAGAAAAAAUAUUUAGAAGAACUCAGGACUAAAGAAAAAGAUUUCUUAUCAGGAGAUGAGUGGUAUUCCUUAGAAGCCACAAGAGCAGUAAAUCAAGCUAUUGGAAGAGUGAUAAGACAUCAAAAUGAUUAUGGAGCCAUUCUACUCUGUGACACUAGAUUCAACAGUCCCAAAUUGAAAGGCCAGCUGUCAGCUUGGCUAAGAGGUCAUAUCCAAGUUUCAAAUAAGUUUGGUGAAACUGUUAGUGAAAUAUGUAGAUUUUUCAAAAAUGCCGAAAGUGCUCUGCCACCUCCUAAAUUAAAGCCAUUGUUACCCCAUGAAUCUAAUAAUAUAUCUAAAGAGUAUACUCCAGUCAACAUAGGUGGUGUGUCUUUCCCCACAUCUAAGACCAGGGCUGUUCAAAAAAGUACAAGCAAAUCAGUGACCCAUUAUCCCAAUUCCAAUGAGGUUUAUGCAAAUUUUUCAAUGGAUUUCUAUAAAAAGGCACAAUCUUCUGCAUAUGUCAAUGAGUUUAAACCCAAAGAAACCAAGGAUCUGUUCAGUGCUUUAGAUUGUAGCAACACUUCAGCAGAAAGUUCUCAACCUUUGGUCAAGAUUCACAAAAGGAGUAUUGAAGAAACAUGCAACAUGGUUACUGUUGCAAAGAAGAAAAAAUUGAAGAUAAAACCUUUUGGUUUUGAAGAGAACCUUGCUAAUAGUGAAACUUCACAUCCCAGUCUCGUAGAAAAGGAAGCUCCAGUUUCCUUGAUUGAUUUUGUUAAAGAAAUAAAAACCUUAUUACACCCUGAACAAUACAAGAAAUUUCAAUUGUCAAUCUCUUUAUACAAGAAAGAGGGAGAUUACUCAAAAUUCUUACAGACAUUGAAGGUGAUAUUGGAGAACAAAAAAAUGUUUUAUUUAUUCAGAGGCAUGAAAAGAUUUCUGAAAGAAGACCAUAAGAAUAUUUUCCAAGAAUAUUGUGAUAAUGUUAAAUUCGAUAGUUGACUAAAGCCUAAUGUACUUUAACAUUGAAAUAAUAUCUAAAUUAUGCAAAAAUCUUAAAAUAAAAUAAUAUAUUCAAUU